AUGGCGUCCAAAGGUCCGAAGUCCAAGCUCGAUCAUGAAACCAGAGCUCGGCGCCAAAAGCCGCUUGAGGCUCCCAGGGAACCUCCCCGCCCGAAAGCUCAUUGGGACCAUGUUCUCGAAGAAAUGAUCUGGCUGUCAAAGGACUUUGAGUCUGAGCGAAAAUGGAAAUUAGCGCAGGCAAAGAAGGUUGCUUUAAGAGCCAGCAAAGGCAUGCUGGAUCAGGCUACCCGUGGAGAAAAGAAAUUGAAGGAAGAAGAGCAUCGGAUGCGGAAAGUUGCACUUAAUAUUUCAAAGGAUGUGAAGAAGUUCUGGAUCAAAAUAGAGAAAUUGGUACUUUAUAAGCAUCAGAUGGAACUUGAUGAGAAAAAGAAAAAGGCCCUAGACAAGCAGCUUGAGUUUCUUCUAGGGCAAACUGAGAGGUACUCAACAAUGUUAGCUGAAAAUCUGGCGGACAAACCUUCACAGCUGUCACUGCUGGAUGAAUCACGUGUUCCAACUGUAAAGCCGGAGAAUGUUACUCAGACACCCUUAAACACAAAUGAGGAGUGUCAAUUGGAUGAUGCUGAAGAUGGUGAUGGUGAUGGUGAUUAUGAUGUACAUUCUGAAGACAAUUCUGAAGAUGAUGAGCAUACUAUUGAAGAAGAUGAGGCACUUAUUACAGAAGAAGAACGCCAAGAAGAAUUGGUAGCUUUGAAAAACGAAGUUGAUCUUCCACUCGAGGAGCUGCUAAAGCUUUAUACUGCAGAUGAAGAUGCUGCAGGUGAAAGAGAAAGCAAUGAUGGUGAGGAUGAGAAUCACUCCUUGUCUGCUCUGAAAGGGAAAGAUCAGGGUGACAAAAUGGAUAUUUCUUUUCCUGGUGGAAGUGAUGCAGGCAGCUUACCUACUGUUACUGGUCGUCGUUGUUUGGAGACUGAUGCUGCAUUGUCCAGAUCAGACAAUAAUCUUGUAGAGCUUGAUUCGGGUGAUACUAGAAAUCAUUCUAGUAUUUCUUGUGGCCCAGGCAAAGGAUAUGACUUCAAUGAUGAACAGGAAGAUGGAGACUUUGUUCUUGCCACAGCAGAUGAGAAUGAUGAUGAGACAACCUUGUUGGAGGAAGAGGAACUGGCAAAAGCAGAUGGAAAUGACCCUGUUGACGAGAUUUCAUUAUUGCAAAAGGAAAGUGAAAUACCGUUGGAAGAAUUGCUUGCAAGGUAUAAAAAGGAUUACAACAGUGACGAAGUUUCAGAAGGUGAUUCUGGAUAUGCUUCUGCCUCAUCUGGGGAAGUGUCAGAUGCAGCUAAUGAAGCAGAUAUUGUGCCAGUGCAGCAGGACGAAUCUAAUGUUGAAAAUGUUAAACCAUCUGAUUCUUUGCUUAUAGUGCAUCCUCCUUUGAAGGAUGAAGGAAAAGUUGGCGAUGAGCUUGCAGAGCAAGAAAAGGACAGUGAGGAUAGGAUUGCUGAUGCUGCUGCUGCUGCAAGGUCUGCACAACCAACAGGGAAUACUUUCUCAACAACACAAGUGCGUACGAAGUUCCCUUUUCUCUUGAAAUACCCUCUUCGUGAGUAUCAACAUAUUGGUCUGGAUUGGCUCGUCACGAUGUACGAGAAGCGGUUGAAUGGGAUUCUUGCUGAUGAAAUGGGGCUCGGGAAGACAAUUAUGACUAUUGCCUUGCUUGCACACCUAGCAUGCGAAAAGGGAAUAUGGGGCCCCCAUCUCAUCGUGGUCCCAACAAGUGUUAUGCUCAACUGGGAAACAGAGUUCCUUAAAUGGUGUCCUGCUUUUAAGAUUCUAACUUACUUUGGUAGUGCAAAGGAGCGAAAGCUGAAGAGGCAAGGUUGGUUGAAACCAAACUCAUUCCACAUCUGCAUAACCACUUACAGACUGGUGAUACAGGAUGCAAAGAUCUUUAAGAGGAAGAAGUGGAAAUAUUUGAUUUUGGAUGAAGCACAUUUGAUAAAGAAUUGGAAAUCCCAGAGAUGGCAAACACUCCUGAACUUUAAUUCAAAACGUCGAAUUCUGUUGACUGGUACACCGCUACAGAAUGACCUUAUGGAAUUAUGGUCAUUGAUGCAUUUCUUAAUGCCUCAUAUAUUUCAGUCUCAUCAGGAAUUCAAGGAUUGGUUCAGUAAUCCAAUAUCUGGUAUGGUUGAAGGACAGGAAAGGGUGAACAAAGAAGUUCUGGAUCGUCUGCAUAAUGUUCUUCGUCCAUUUAUAUUACGGCGAUUGAAAAGGGAUGUGGAGAAGCAGCUACCCAUGAAACAUGAACAUGUUAUCUUUUGUAGACUUUCCAAGAGGCAGCGAAACCUGUAUGAAGACUUCAUCGCUAGCUCUGAUACACAAGCUACACUUGCCAGUUCUAACUUUUUCGGCAUGAUCAGUGUUAUAAUGCAACUGCGCAAAGUCUGCAAUCAUCCUGAUUUAUUUGAGGGUCGCCCCAUUAUCAGUUCUUUUGAUAUGGCCGGCAUUGGCAUACAACUAAAUUCUUCAGUUUGUUCGAUGCUUUCCCAUGGUCCAUUCUCUGCUGUUGACCUUGACUGCCUGGGGCUCUUGUUUACCAGCAAUGACCUUUGCAUGACAUCAUGGGAGUCUGAUGAAGUAAAAGCUAUUGCUACGCCUUCAAGUUUGAUUGUAGGGCGUGCAGUAGAUAACUUAGACAGAAUCAGAGGUGCAUCGAGAGGGAAAACAUUGCGUGGAUCCAGUAUAUUUGAAGAAAUUCGGCAAUCUAUAUUGUCGAAUAGACGUGAAGAAGCAAAGGAACGAGCAGCUGCUAUUGCAUGGUGGAACUCCUUAAGGUGCAGGAGAAAACCUAUGUAUUCAACUACUAUAAGGGAAGUUGUUACUAUAAAGCGCAAAGUUGACGGUAUUCAUGGGCAAAAUGUUGACAAACCCUCAUACAUGUAUUCAUCUGUGCUUGCUGAUAUGAUUCUUUCUCCUAUCGAACGGCUCCAGAGAAUGUUGGAUCUUGUUGAAUCAUUCAUGUUUGCAAUACCAGCUGCCCGGGCUCCAGCACCUGAUUGUUGGUGCAGUAAGACAGGAAGCUCUGUGUUCUUGCAUCCAACUUACAAGGAUAGAUGCUCUGAAAUUUUGUUGCCUCUUCUUUCACCUAUCAGACCUGCAAUUGUGCGGAGGCAAGUUUAUUUCCCGGACAGGAGGUUGAUACAAUUUGACUGCGGGAAAUUGCAGGAGCUUGCGGUUCUGCUCAGGAGGUUGAAAUCAGAGGGUCACCGUGCUCUGAUAUUUACUCAGAUGACAAAGAUGCUUGAUGUUCUGGAAGCUUUCAUUAAUUUGUAUGGAUACACAUACAUGCGUUUAGAUGGUUCCACCCAACCAGAGGAGAGGCAAACUUUAAUGCAACGUUUCAAUACGAACCCCAAGUAUUUUCUUUUUAUCUUGUCAACCCGUAGCGGUGGUGUUGGCAUAAAUCUUGUUGGGGCUGAUACAGUCAUCUUCUAUGAUAGUGACUGGAAUCCUGCCAUGGAUCAACAGGCGCAAGAUCGAUGCCAUAGGAUAGGACAGACACGAGAAGUCAAUAUUUACAGGUUAAUUAGUGAAAGUACUAUUGAGGAAAACAUAUUAAAGAAGGCUAAUCAGAAGCGUGUUCUUGAUGAUCUGGUUAUUCAGAGUGCUAGUUACAACACUGAAUUUUUCAAGAAACUUGAUCCAUUGGAGUUAUUCUCUGGUCAUAAAACCCUUCCAGUUAAAGAUAUGCUGAAGGAGAAGAGUAACAGUGAUGAAGCGGAAGCUUCCCUGUCUUAUGCGGAUGUUGAAGCUGCGCUCAAGCAUGCUGAAGAUGAAGCAGAUUACAUGGCUUUGAAAAAGGUUGAACAGGAAGAGGAGGUGGACAACCAGGAAUUCACGGAAGAAGCUAUUGGGAGGCCUGAAGACGAUGAAUGUGUGAAUGAGGAUGAGGUGAGGGCUGAUGAGCUAGGGGAGCAAGAGAUGACACCACCAAAAGGAGACAACGGAAGCAAUUUAAAUGGGAACGAUACGACUGAAGAGAAAGCCCUCAUUUUUGCUGCCAAUGAAGAUGAUGCUGACAUGCUCGCUGAUGUUAAACAGAUGGCUGAAGCAGCAGCUGCUGCUGGGCAAGCUAUUACAACAUUUGAGACUCAUCUGCGCCCAAUUGAUAGGUAUGCAAUACGAUUCAUGGAAUUGUGGGACCCGAUAAUAGACAAAGCAGCUACUGAUCCACAAGAUGGGUUUGAGGAGGCGGAAUGGGAACUUGAUCGUAUUGAAAAGUACAAGGAGGAAAUGGAAGCUGAGAUUGAUGAUGAUGAAGAACCACUGGUAUAUGAAAGUUGGGAUGCUGAUUUUGCAACUGAAGCAUAUCGACAGCAAGUUCAGGCGUUAGCUCAACAUCAGUUGAUGGAGGAAUUGGAAGCUGAAGCCAAAAAGAAGGCGGAGUUGGAUGAUGAACAAUGCGACACUACCAUGGAAGAAAUGCAAACCACUCCCAAACCCAAGUCAAAGAAAAAAGUAAAGAAAGCAAAGUUCAAAUCUUUGAAGAAGGGUCCUCUCUCUUCGGAGUUGAAACUAGUAAAAAAUGAACUAUCAGUUGAAACUAUGUCCCUGGAUGAUGAUAUGAUUGAUCUAGAGGAGGUCUCUAACUCGGGCGUGAUGUCAUCCUGUUCAAGUGCAUUGAAAAAGCGCAAGAAACCUGAAACAGUGAUUGAUGUUGAGAAGAGCUCAACCAGUAAGAAGCCGAAAAAGCUAAAGAAGGGCUCUGAAUCGUCAGGUAUUGGUUCAAAACUGUCUGGCAAGAGGCACGAUGAUUCUUUGGAGUCAAAAGUCUACGAGAAUCGGGUUAUUGAGCUUGAUCAGAAGCCAGCUGGUAGGAGCAAAAUGGGUGGGAAAAUCUCUAUCACAACCAUGCCAGUGAAACGCGUGUUAAUGAUACGGCCUGAGAAGAUAAAGAAAGGCAAUUUGUGGUCAAAGGAUUGCGUUCCCUCACCUGAUUCCUGGCUGCCACAGGAGGAUGCAAUAUUGUGUGCUAUAGUACAUGAAUAUGGACCAAAUUGGAGUUUGGUCAGUGAGACAUUAUAUGGUAUGACUGCUGGUGGAUUUUACCGAGGAAGAUAUCGGCAUCCAGUUCAUUGUUGUGAGAGAUACAGAGAAUUGAUCCAAAAGCAUAUUCUGUCAGCACCUGAGAAUCCUGUUAACGAUAGGAUGAACAACAUGGCCUCGGGGAAGGGCCUUCUCAAAGUAACCGAGGAUCACGUUCGAAUGCUUCUAAGUUUUGCUGCUGAGCAGCCAGAUCAUGAGUUACUUCUCCAGAGGCAUUUCACUGCACUGCUUUCUACAGUCUGGAAAAUGACUUAUCACAACAGUACUUAUUUUGGUGGGAAAUCUUCGAGCUCUAUCAGCCGGGCAUCUCAGAGUUCAAUGAAGGGCCCCUGCAAAAGAAUGCGGUUGACUAAUUUUGGGCACUCGGGCAAGCUGGUGGCUGCUGCACUUCGAGAUGUCAACUAUAGGCGAAUAGACGAUGGUGUCUCUCUUGCAGUUGCAAAAGAACAUGUUCCCACUAUUGAAAGGUUGGAAAUAACCCUGGAAUUUCAGGUUGAAAACAAUCAUGAGUUUGCUUUCCCACCACUCGUGAAUGUGUCCAUACCUGGGUCAGAUGGGCAGACGUCUAUAAUCAAGGAGGCGGGAGAAGUUCAUCUCAAAAGCACCGCAAUUAUGGCAGAAACACGAUAUCGGGACGCAAGGAGAGUGGCCACGGAACCUGGUCCUGGUUUGGUAUUAGCCAUACCAGCAUCAAACGACAACAAGUUACGUCCAGCUCCUACUAAAUUACAACACUCUUCUGGAAAGCAGCAAAAACAGGCUGGUCCUAGAUUGAAGCUGAAGAAAACAUUGACGGAGCAUCGUGAGAUGGACAACUGCCCUUUUGCUGAUCCCGUGUUCCAAUCACCCCCCACGUUUUCAGCUGAUUUAUUGGACGAUGGGCUAUCGAUGAACAAUUUUGAUUAUGGUUGUAGCAGCACGAUAACAAGCUCAGAUGUUGUGCAGCCAGAAACAGGGAGUUUAGAAACCUUCCCUCAUGUCUAUGUUCCCGGUUUGAUCUCCGACCUUGAUGAUUGGCCUGUGUUGCCAGAAUUUACCGACAUUGGGUAG